CUAUUUAUGAUAUCUAUGGAUGCUGAAUAUGUCAUGAUAUAUUCAACAGUCACCUAAAAGUAGAAUGAAACAAAUGUUAUCUAGGUUUUGGCUUUGACCUGAUCUGAAACUUCUUUGGAGGACACUUAAACUCAUUCACAAUGAGUUUUAAUACCCUAGUUAUAAAACAUCUCACCUCUUUUUAUAUCGUGACAAUAUUAUGUGGCAGUAUUUCUGCUAGUUGAGGCAUUUAUGCAUGGUUGUGAGACUUUCCCUUUCAUUGGACAGAACAGUAUUUUUAUAUUCAUUUAAUCACAUCUAUAUACUACCAACUGCACGCUAUAAUAAUUCAUAUUAUCCUCAGUAACUAUUGGAUCAUACUUUGAAAUUAAGUCUCCCUAAUUUAGGUGUAUCCACAAUAGUCAGUAUCGUAGGAACACAUAUUAUCUUAUCUUUAAAUAUAAUGCCCGGCUUAUUUCUCUUAGCUAUAGAACAAAAGUACCUUAGAAAACGAGAAACAAAUGCACAAUACUAUCUCCUGAAUGAAAAGAAGCAAAAAAUUGCUAAAAAAUUCUAUCUUCUAACUC